AUGUAUAGACGCGGUGAUCCUCGAUGGAAUCGCACAAUCCAGCACAUCACCGAGAACAUUGAGCACGCAAACGAAUCCGCGCAAGAAAACAUCUACGGCUUCACCCAACGCUACAUCAAUCCUUGCUUCUCCUCCAUCACUCACUGUCUCAACGCCUGCACCGCGCCGUGCUUCCCAGCGCACAACGACCGUCGGCGUCAUCGAGGACGGUCGCGGGGUAGGGCGGAGCUCAGCUUUGACUUCUAUGAUGACUGGGAGAAUGACGAGAGUGAUGGCUUACUAGGAUGGGGGAGCGAUAAUCUGGACAGGUUGAUUGGUGGCGCAAACAACUAUGGUGCCACGGCUCAGCCUGGGAGGCAGCGCGUUAUGAGCUACGGGCAGCGUAAUCGCGAUUCGAGAUAUGAUGCUUCGAGACGGAAGAGCAAUACGAUGCCACGGGAUGCUGGGCCGGAUCCCACCAUUAUACCAAGUUCGUCCUACUUUGGAUUCCUGGGGAGGCUGCCGUUCAAUAUUGGAGGCAAGGGCUUACGGUACAAGCCCUCGGCGGCUGAUUUGACGGAGCAUCCUGGAGCAAUAAGAAGGAGCGUUGAGGAAGAACAGCCGUUGAUUGAGGACAGCGACGAGGAUGCGCAAGUUGGGAGUGAGAAUAAAGGGCAUCGCAGGCAGAGAAGCGACACUCACACCUCGGGUCAUACGACGGAUUCAUUAAGCUCGAGAGGUGAUAUAUUCCCGAGCGAGGACGAACUGGAAGAUGCGGUGCCGCUGGACGACGAGUUCACCAUAUCGCUCGAACGGCGCACAACCGGGCAAUGGAAUGAUGACCAUAUCAACAACAACAAAGUGCGCUCGAGCAAAAGUAAGAGGCCGUCAGGAUCACGCGUGUCUUCGCGGACAGCCUCUUCAAGGAACAGAAGUAAUGAAGACAAGGUGUUGCAGCGCUCUGCAUCAGCAACGAUCGACGAAGUACUCACACUGGAUGAACUCGAGAAUGAAGAGGAACACUUGCGACUGGAAGAAGAAGCAGAAGUACAGAGAAAGCGACAGGGAGCGCAACAGUUGGCUGUGAAACGCGGUCUAGCCUCUGAGCAUCAGCUACAAACAUCAUCGAGGACCUCCAGCGCUCGCUCACCCUCCCCUCGGCCACCUCCACAAAUGACUACGGUCCAAUCAAGUGUAUCACCUAUCGCACCAUCGAUCGCUAGUGAGACUGCGGUACCUUUCGAAGCGAUACCAUUCCCAAGCUUUGUGGAUGCACAAACAAUGCCGGACAGCAGUUCUUUUCACGUUGACGACUCUGAUUAUUCUAGCCUGGCACCUACUCCAAACAGGCCCCUGUCGUUGAAAAACCAACCUAGGGAUAUUCCACAGGACGAUGCCGACUUUGUUCCUGCUCGACUACCGCAUUUUGGCUGA